AUGCCUCGGCAGCUCCGAAGCAUCAUCAAGACGCCCGCCCGCUAUGCUGACCGCGACGACGCGCAGUCGAAGCCACGAAAUGGCACCCGACCAGAGUACCCUGCUUUACUCCAGGCGACAAUUGUUCCCUUCAAUCCAAACCAUCCGCCAGCGGCAUUCCCUUCAUUGCCAUUAACAGGGCAGAAGUCACAUCAAGAAAUGGUGACAAACCCAACGGAUCUUCCAGAGGCACCUCCCGGACCAACUUCACUGUCACUGAUUUCUCCUGGCCCUACUAGGGACCUUGUAAACAGAUAUGAGGCGGAAUACUAUCGUAAUGGUCGACCGCUGUUGGGAUCCUUGGGACUGCCUCCCGCUGUUGGCGACUCCGACGAGAUGGCCGCUUCAGAUGCCGAGAGUGUCAUCUUGCACCCACGCGAGGCCUUCAGCCUCGAUCCAGAAGCACCCACAUGGGCUUCACUUCCUCUGUCUUUGCAAUACCAUAUCUACAUGACCCUCUCGGAACAAUAUGACCGCGACAAACUGUGCCGGGUCCUGGGAUUGACAAACCAGGAAAAGGACGACAUCGAGACGGCGGUACAGGACCGUCAUGAUCACCCGUACUCGCUGGCUGAGCUAUGGAGUUAUGGCUGUCAUCACAGUGCCCCAGUGCCUGGGAUUGACGGGCCAAACACUUCAAUUGACCCGGACUUGCUCGAUAAGCUCAUGCCCGAUAUGUUGCUCGUCAGCAGGUAUGAACUUGCCUAUGAAUCCGAAGUCGUGUCAGCCGCGGGUUUCUUGUCGUCGCGCUCACUCCCUCCGGAAUUGCUUGGACAUUGGGUACCCGACACCGAUGGACUGGAGAGCAUUUGUCCUGCUGGAAUGCUGCGACAGCAAGACAAUCAAACUGGUGAAACUGAGGUCGAGCCCGGCGAGUCUUCGACUGCUGAGCGUGACUGUACCGUCGGCGAAGCACAUGAAACUGAAGUCGCCAAAAGUAAGCCUAAGGCGCAAAAUAAGAAACGUCAAUUGCAAUCCCCGGCCGCUCGUGCUGUCAAAAAGGCGCAGGGAACAAAGAAAAAGGUACCCAAGAAGCGUGGACCGAAACCUGCAGCCCCCAAGGUGCAGAAGAAACGCGGUCCGCACCCUCUUGCUACUGUUACCACCCCCGAUUCAUCUGGAAGCCCAAAGUCUCGCAGCAGAAAAAAGACACAAAAGAAAGCUACUACUGGCGGUCCACGAAGACUAUCUUUGAUAUUCAAGCCUGCAGUCGGCGGCGGAAAGCCUACCAUCCAGCAGCAACAAAAACAACCACCACGUCCCUGCACUCCGGAACGACCGUCAUCCUCACACAUCACCGCACCAGGAUCCUCUGCAGGCAGAGCAGACCAGACCCCAACUACUCGGCUGCUCAGUUUUGAUACCAAAAUGUCUUCAUUCAGCAGAGAACUGAUCCUCAACGAAGAGGGUUCUUCCCCUGGAAACAAUGCCGUAGAGAGUUCUCCGAUCUCGGUUGCUUCUGCUUCAGAGGGAGGUUUUGGCCGUGCCGCAACUCCAACUCCAGCUGCUACCGUUCUGUCUAAACGAAAAGCUUCACCGUCCGAUCUUCGCCUCAGUCCUCCUCAAAUUCCUCGAGUGUCCUCUUCCGCAGGUGUCAAGUCAUACUGGCGUAAGAGUACCAUCAACAGUGGUGGUAACAUCGACAAUUGUUGCUACCACGGCAGACCGCAAACUGCUUUUGGAACUGGUCCUGCUUCUACAGGGAUGGACACGAACGCACAUGCACAGAUGGACAAGGCAAUCCCGAGCAUUGAAGCUCCUGCUUCCGUUGCAACAGCUACGAACCAAGACGCGGUUAGACCUCCGGGAACUCCACGCCGUCCUUCUUAUUCUCCAAUUUCGGAGAACGCAGACGACGAAGAAUGGCAAGCACUGCUUAAGGGCAAAACUAGGUUUCAUGCUCCAGGAAGCCCGCGCCGUCCUUCCUAUUCCCCAAUUACGGAGAACGAAGACGACGAAGAAUGGCAAGCAAAGCUUCGAGGUCCUGUCGCAGGAAAUACCAAGCCUAACUACCGUACCGGCGUGCGUUUCUCUGCUCCGUCGGCUCUUCUACCAGUCACCCGAGAAUCAAAGCGCAGCUCCCUCGCUUCUGCCUGGUUAGCAGCCGAUAACAGACCCAGCAUCGAUCGAAAUCCUUCGUCAGGAAACCACCACACCUUGUCAUCGUCAGCAAACGACCGUGGCCUGUCCGGAUCUGUUGCCUCUACAAAGACAACUGGGUCAGGUAGUCUGCCUCUCCGUGGUGCCUCGAAUUCGAACAAGAGCGCAACAUCCUCAUUUACAUCCACACCUCGACUCAAACUUGUCCUCAAGCGACGAUCCGAACCCAAGACUCUAGGAGUGGGAGAAACAGAGGCCAGACCCAGCAUUGUGGAAGAGGUCCUUGCAGAAAUGAAGGAGGAGCAGGAACAGGGCAUAGCAUCACGCACUAGAUCGUCUCUAAGCAGGAUGGGAACUGCUACGCCUGCGCCUGCGCCUGCGCCUGCGGUUGCGGAGCCAACUACAAAGAAGACGAAGGGAACAACAGCAGCAAAGAAGAAACCCGCGAAAAAGACUGUCACUGCCACUGCCGCUGCCAACGCGAAGUCUGGCAAUAAGGUACAAAAGUCGACUGCUGCCAAGAAAGGUCCGAACAAGAAGACAAAGACACUUGAGAAACGCCAGGCGAGAGUUGCUGGAGAAAAGGCCCGGAGAAGAUUGUCUCUGUGA